GUCACCAUUCCAAAAGCUUUGUUUCAAAGGAAGAUACAUAGAGCAACAAUGAAAAGACACAUCACUAUUGCCCAUUGCAUUACUUCUUCUUCGAGAUUAUUUCUGUGCGUUCUCUUUAUGGUGUUGUUAUCUGAGACAACCACAAACGCUUUGGUGAAACUGCCGCCAAACAAAACGAUUCCGGCGAUAAUAGUGUUUGGAGAUUCGAUUGUUGAUGCUGGAAAUAACGAUGACAUUACGACAACGUUGGCUAGAUGCAAUUAUCCUCCUUAUGGAAUUGAUUUUGACGGUGGAAUACCUACCGGAAGGUUUUCCAACGGCAAAGUUCCGACUGACUUUAUAGCGGAGGAAUUCGGAAUUAAAUCAAAUCUACCGGCAUACCGAGAUCCAAAUUUGAAACCGAAGGAUCUCUUAACCGGUGUAACAUUUGCGUCUGGUGGUGCUGGUUACGUUCCUUUCACAACCCAAUUAUCAGGAGGAAUAUCACUAUCGCAGCAAUUAAAAUUGUUCGAAGAGUAUAUAGAGAAACUGAAGGAGAUGGUUGGGGAAGAGAGAACAAAGUUCAUCAUAGAAAAUAGUUUAUUCAUGGUCAUAUGUGGUAGUAAUGAUAUAAUCAAUACAUACUUUGCCCUUCCUUCUGUGCAACGCCAAUACGAUGUCGCCUCCUUUACCACUCUUAUGGUUGACAAGGCUCGAUCUUUUGCUCAAAAAUUACUUGAAUAUGGAGCGAGAAGAAUACAAGUAUUCGGUGUACCGCCACUAGGAUGUGUGCCUUCACAGAGAACCGUGGCAGGAGGACCAACGAGGAAUUGUGUUUCUAGAUUCAAUGAUGCAACAAAGCUUUACAAUGCUAAGCUUUCUGCAAACUUAGAUUCUCUGUCAAUAACUUUACGUGACAGUGCGCUAAUCUACAUCGAUAUAUAUGAUUCUCUUCUUGAUAUUAUUCUAAAUCCUCAACAAUAUGGAUUUCAGGUGGUUGAUAGAGGGUGUUGUGGAACUGGACUAAUUGAAGUUGCUGUGUUAUGUAACAAUUUCACUGCUGACGUAUGUCCGAAUCGACAUGAUUAUGUGUUUUGGGAUAGUUUUCAUCCCACCGAGAAGACGUACAAGAUUAUGUCCGCAAAAUAUUUUGAAAGAGUUCUCAACGAGAUAUUUUAG